GAGAAGAGAGCCAUUUGAUUGAGGGUUCUUGACAGAGGUGAUUGCUUCACCUACCUCACCGUGUUGCUCCGCCGUGUCUCCUCCUUGCAACGACGCAGCUUACCUUCAUUCUCCGAUACAUCGUUACUCCAUGUUCGUCGUCAUAUAGUUAUAUUCGGAGUUACCAUAUCUGUAGCAGAAGGAGAGGGUUUUGACUGGUUGCAGUGAAGCAAGUAGAAAGAAGGGUCAGUUUAUUUGUGCUACAACGCAGGGCUGUGGUUAAUGGGAAGUAAUGGACAAGGAGAAGUUGUGGUUGGCAAAGAAGAGGUUAUUGCUAAACUCAAGGAUGAUGGCGACUUCGAUAAGCUUCGUUUAAAGAUCAUUCGGAAGCUCAAGGACAAUGAAGAACUACGACAACAUAUUAUUUCAACUGUGAAACAGUCACAGGCGCUAAAUCGUGCUGGAGCAGAAAAUAUGAAACCUAGACAGCUUUCUGAUGUCAUAUAUGAAGAGGUUGGGGAGACUAUAAUGAGCCGCAUAUCAGAUAGUUUAUGGCAAAUAAUCAGAUCAGAUGACGAGAUGAAAGGCGAAAUCACAGAAACGGUGCAAUCUGUCUAUAAUAAACUGGUAAACCCCAAAGGGAAAGAUGAAGUUCUGUUACCAACAUCUGAUGCAAUGCCUAGUCAGACUCAAGGUGAAACAGCUUCAGCUAUGGAGAAUGAUGGCUCUUUGCGUGAAAAUGAGCCACAAGAGCCGCCAGGUUUCACUCUCUCACUGAAUCAUCCUAAUAAUAACAGCCACUCCGAUCAGGAUAAAGAGAAGGCACAAGUUCAGAAGCAAAGAUCCACUGCAGAGUGCAAGGAAGAUUCCCACCCUUCCCAGGAUACACGUGUUGAAGAUGAUCAUAACAUUACGCCUCCUGGAUUUUCAAAAGACACGGAGCAUAGUCCGCUAGCUGAUAGUAGUGAUGAAGACCCUGAAGUACCGCCUGGUUUUGGUUGAUGAAUGGGGAGGUGAUUUUUUUCUUCUUCCUGUUAUGGGUGUCUCUUUACAUCCCAAUCUAACUUAGGAUGUAUCAUUUUUUUCUGAUUCUCACAGGUCAACAAUUAUCUGUAAUUUUUGUACAAACUCAUCCCAAUUUUUUCUGAAAUAGAUGCUGAAUUUUCAUAA